AUGGCUGAAUGGGAUUCCGAGUCGGGUCCACCCGUCCCUUCCGAUGCUGCUGGAAGCUCGCGAGAAGACGAAGUGGAGGAGGCCCUGGGAGGUGACUCCGAUGACCCGAGCAGCAACAGCAGCAGUAGCAGGAGCAGGAACAGCAGCAGCAGUAGCAGCAGUUCGUUUGCACAGGACGAUACUGUUCCGAAGCAGCGGCCACGGGCUCGUUGCGCGUCAUAUUCCGUGCCCCCAGCAGGAGGAGCUGCAGCAGCAGCACCUGCAACAGAACAGCAGCAGCAGCAGCAGCACCAGCUGCGAGUCGCCCGGUUUGGCCUGCUGCGGCGUCCACGUGGAGUUUCUGUGAGCAGCAGCAACCACUGCAACAGCCACAGCAGCAGCCACAGCAGCAGCGGGCACUCGCCUCUUUUUCAUCCGUCGCACAAUAACGGCAACAGCUGCAGCAGCAGCAGCAGCAGGAGCACCAUAGGCCGCGGCGUUCGCCGAGGGUUUGAAGGUGUCCGUGCGCGUCUCUCGGCAGCAGCAGCAAAGCGGUUAAAUGGGUCCACAGAAGGGGCGAUUGCUGCUGCAGGGGGAGGAGGAGCUGCAGGUGCAGCAGGAGGUGCAGGAGGAGGAGCACCAGGAGGAGUUGUAGCAGCAGGGGAGAGCUGGGAGCAGCGGUUUGAAACCUUUAAAGUUCGGAGUGCAAAGGAGCGCAGCAGCAGCGUGUUGUUGCGUCGCAACAGUUCAUUUGGUUAUUUGACUUGGUAUUGGUUAUGGUUAACAAUAGCAGCAGUGGGUUUACCGUGGGCGUUACCUCGUGUACGCAUGCAGCAGGCUCAACUCUCCUGCACUCCUUCACCAGUUUUCCUUCCCGCAUGCGCUGAUCGAUACCUGCCGCCCUUUGCUACUGAUGCUGUUACUGCUAGCAACAACAUGCAGCUACAGCAUGAGGAGCAAGAGCAACAGCAGGGACAGGGGCGAGAGGGAAAGCAGCAGGAACAGCAAGAGCAGGAACAAAAGGAACAGCAGCAACAACGCCUCUUACUACAACAUCAGCAUCUCCUUCAUGAGCAGCAACUUGCCCUCCUACAGCAGCAUGAGGCCGUCUCCCUGGAAGCAGCAGCAGCGCAGCAAAAACUCCUGCAGCUGCAGCAACUGCAGCAGGAGCAGCAUCCGCAGGAGCAGCAGAAGGGGGAGGAGGAGGGGGAGGGGGCCACAUUAGAGGGUGCACUAUUGGUGCGUCAGCGGGAGGAUCUGCUGCAGCGGCUGCAGCAGAUUGAGACGGAGUUAAAGGAUGUGCAACAGCAGCAGCGCUCUGUCUGCCGUACCCUGCUCUAUACCCCGUUUGAUGUGCAUGCAAUGGUAUUGGGCUCUUUUGCUGCUUUCUUUGCUCCCUUUGGAGGCUUCUUUGCCUCAGGAUUUAAAAGAGCCCUCCGAAUCAAAGACUUUGGGUAUUUUAUCCCUGGGCAUGGGGGAGUGACAGAUAGAUUUGAUUGUCAAGUGGUGAUGGGUCUUUUUACUUUUCUGUAUCAGAGGACAUUUGUGCCGCAGAUAGCAGAGGCCGAGGCAACAGCAAGGAGGAUAGCGCUGCUGCAGCACCAGUUGCAGCAGCAGCAGCAGGAGCAAGACACAGCACAGCAGCAGCAACAGACGCAGCAUCAACAUCAGCAAGAAGCGCAACAGCAGCAACAGCAGCAGCAACAGCAGCUAGUGCUUCAGCAACAGAUACAACGCAAACAACGCACACAAACACGUACACCAAUACCCACCAGCAGCGCCACCACAACGAAAACCCGCAACAGCAGCACUAGCAGUAGCAGCAGCAGCAUUGCUGCAGCAGACAGCGCACACAGCUAUCAUCUCCCCGACGCAGGAGAUACCCGCAGCAGCAGCACAACAACACUGCAUGCAGCCCCGCGAGGUCAAGAUGCUGCUGUUGAUGCUAUCCUUGUUGCAGCGCAGCAGCUCUCGCUGCAACAGCUUGCUGCUCUGCAGCACCAACUUGAUGCCGUCGCUGCAGCAAAAGCAGCAGCAGCAUCAACCGAAACAGGAGCAGCCGCUGCAGCAGAUACAUAUGCUCUCACGGAAGCAGAUGCUGCAGCAGAAGCAGAUGAUGCAGCAGCAGUAACAUGCAACCCUUUUUGA